CGUCGCCUCGCGCUAAAUGCGAACUCUCUCUUUCGCUACUCUUCCUUCUUCGUCUUCGGCUUCCCUUGUAGCAUCAUCCAUCCGAGCUCUGCGACUGGCGAUCCCGUUUCCGUCGUCGACGUACUGCAACCGCGGCCGCCGGCGCGGGGGCGGAGCGGAGGCCGGCGCCCCCCGGAUGGCCGCCGCGAACGGCGGGGAGGGCGGCGGCGGCGGCGGCGCCUCCAAGUCCAAGCUCGCCACCCACGUCGAUCGGAUCAAGCAACUCGUCCACCGAGAGUCGACUGAUGGUUGGGAGAAGUGCUGGGAGCAAGGAUUGACCCCUUGGGACUUAGGACGACCGACCCCAAUAAUUCAGCAGCUUCACCAGAUGGGUGCUCUUCCAAAAGGCAGGGCUCUUGUUCCUGGAUGUGGCUCUGGCUAUGAUGUGGUAUCUAUUGCCUGUCCUGACCGCUCUGUUGUGGGAAUAGACAUAUCAGAAAUCGCCAUACAGAGAGCAAUACAGCUAUUCUCUUCAUCACCAAAUGCAAAUCAUUUCAUCUUCCUGAAGGAGGAUUUCUUCACUUGGAAUCCAACAGAGCUCUUUGAUCUUAUUUUUGAUUACACGUUCUUUUGUGCAAUUGAGCCAGAAAUAAGAGGAGCAUGGGCAGAGCGAAUGAGUGAAUUAUUGAGACCAGAUGGCGAGCUCAUCACCCUGAUGUUUCCGAUCAGCGAUCACAUUGGUGGACCUCCUUAUAAAGUAUCAAUAUCAGAUUACGAGGAGGUAUUGUGUCCCAUGGGCUUCAAGGCUAUCUCCAUUAUGGUUAAUGAACUGGCUGUUGGACCCCGCAAGGGAAAGGAAAAGAUUGGAAGGUGGAAGAAGAUAAUAAACAACUCCUCGCUGUGAUAUCUUACAACAUUCUCAAUCCUCCAAUCUCGUCGUACAUCAAUCAGAGAAACUACAAGCAAGAAGUAAAAGUCGAGAGGCAAAUUUACUUUCCCUCUUCCCCUCAUUUCUCCUUCAGUCUUUAUAAUUUUUGGUACUUCUAUAUGUACAGAUACUCUGGACUUGAUUACUGAGCAUGCCGACUGAUUCAGCUCGAAAAAUGAGCUGGGUGCUCGGGUGCAAGCUUGUUGUUGAGUAAGAAAAGCACUUUCCAAAGUUGAUUAAAAGGAGGAGCAAGACCUGAUUGUAUCCUCUAA